CCCACGGACAGAAGUCUCUCGCCAGGCCAUGGUAUGUACCGGUAGGUAGAGGUUCUGAAGCCACCAGACACAUAGAAAGGCUAAUGCCAUUAUUAUCACUCCAAAGUACCGUAGGUGGCUUGCACAAGACAGGACGGGACACUGCAGGGGAAAGGGGAAAAUACAAACAACAACCCUAGCUACCUUAAGGACCUCGCAAGCCUGGCAAGCCUGGGUAGGCACUUUAUUCUUUCAAGACGAGGCCCUAACAUGGACUACAAGCAGUUCUGGACUACAAGCAGUUCUAAAUUUAAGCCAGUCGAAAGCUUGGUUGACCAACGUUGGAGAAGGGAGAGAGAAAAAAUGUGUUACUGCGAUUCAGCUCUGGUUGUAGCAAGAUCUCUGUUUUCACAUCAAUUGGGCCUAGACAUCCAGGGUAUUACUUGCGAAUACCCUAACAGACAAAACUAGAUGGGAGAUCGCAACAUAAACAUGAGGUUUAUAGUGCGAGACACUUAACAUGAAGAACAAAAUAGGCGAGAGAGCUGUGACAGUUUUUAGGUGCUGGGGGCGCUGAAUCAGAAGAGCGUCGCUGAUUUUGAUGCACGCCUGGUGAAGUGGAAUUGUUUGCCGCCACUCUUGCCCGACCGGAUACCAAACCCCAUCAAGCUGCUGAGAUUCGACAGGAAAAACCUGAAACGACAACACCCAUUUUCUUUUCGAAGUUCCGUCUGAUUCAAUUGAUACGCACUGGGCGCAUUAUGAAUGACUGUUUUCGUAUCGCCAAUGGCCUCCGUUACGCGCUCCAGGCGAGCUGAAAGCCACACCACAUACCCGAUGCUGCAGACGCGGUUCAGCAAUAAUAGCAACAAGAAGUUGGUCUUUUCGCAAGCGAUUUCCGUUGCUCCAAAACGCCGUCGCGACGAACAUCCCGAAAAGCCAAUUGAUAUCAAUCCCAUUCAAUCGCCCAAAAGACAGCGACUCACUAUUAAUUUGUCGUCGUCGCCAAACGCAGACUUUCACCCCAGAACGGUCGCGGUGCCGCCACCACCUCCUCUUACCCACCCUCCGACGCGCUCCCGACCGAGCCGAGACGCUGCGACCGCGGUUCACUGUUCACCACCAUCAACAUCAACAUCAACGCAUAAUCAAGCCGGGAAACCCCCAGCCCGAAUCCGGUCGCGCCCGUCAUUACCACCGCCGCUACCAUCCCUCUCAAGUGCAUACAGUACAGAUAUAUUACAACCGCCGCAGGUAAAAGCGGGUUCAACCAAUAUAGAGUCUUCCAGGCCGAUAGCCAGAGCUCGAAACGCUGUGUCCCGCGAGCUGGGUAGUCUGCACGUCAAGCCCUCGGAAACAAAGGCCACUGAAGGUCGUAAGCUACGCUCCCAGGAAAACACACGGCUCAAGAGUGACCUCUCGGCUUAUUUCCCGGAUUACGAUGAGGUCAUUGGAAAUGAUCCGAGGCAGGAAAAUCUACUGGAGCCCUAUACUUCUAUAGUAAUAGUCGAUGACCCAAAGGUGGAACGCGACCAGCAAGACCACCGGAAAGUUGAAUCCUUCCCAGUCAGGAGCUACAGCGACGGCCUUUUCGCCAACCUCGUCGAUACCCAGGUGUUCAACCUUGACUUCCUGCAGAAUCAACUUUCCCUGGACGACGAUCACACCGACCCUCUUCCAGACGCGCUGUUCGAGCCGGUACACAAACGCGCCGAACGCGCCGAACGCUCCGUCCGGAAUACGGAAAGGGGUCGCGCUCAGCACGAGAAGGAGCAGAUCAUACGCCUCUUGGAUGGGCUCCAGGGCCACGACUGGCUGAGAGUGAUGGGCGUUAGCGGAAUUACCGAGACCAAAAAGAAGGAGUUCGAGGAACCACGACAGCACUUUAUUCGCGGAUGCGAGGCCAUCUUGGAUAAGUUUCGACUAUGGGGCGUCGAGGAAAAGCGGCGAAAAUUGGAAAAGGAGCGGGCAAUCGCUCAAGCAGCACGGGCAGAGAGCGAUGAUUCCUUAGCCGAGGAAGAUGCCAAGAAUGAGGAUAUGAGAGAAGAACAAGAAGAGGGAGACGAGGAGGACGAGGAGGACGAGGAUGAGGGAAACGACGAGGAAGUUCCCGACAGCGAGGCUGAAAGCGAUUUGGAUGCUUCUAUCGCCAAACAGCUGAGUGAUGAGACACAAGCCCGUGCACGCUCUAGGAAACAGCACCAAAGAACACAUCCCUCCAUGGAGUCCCUGGAUUUACUGCCACCUAGGCCCUUCACGUCCUUCUUCGAGAAGAAGUAUCAACGGGAUGCAGCCCUUAGCAGGAACCGCCGGAAGGGACGGACAGUCCUUGCAUGGGGUCAUGUGGUCCCUGAGAUGGAAGUGGAGGACUUUGAACUACCUGAAGAGUUUUUGGACGAAGAGAUCCUGAGAAGAAAUGCAAGACGAAAGAGGAGGGACAAGAGAGGUGUUCUCAGACGGUGAAGUUGUGAUUCGGGUCACCUAGACUGCCUGCCCGGGGAAUGAGCCGACGUUUUGUGCAUUGUUAGGUUUGCAUUAUACUACCAGUUGGAAUAUGAUACCAGUUUGCCAGGCACUAACUAGAUGGCCAAUAUCAAUGCGAUUAGGAAGCUGGUCAUUGUUGAAUGUUGCUGACGUUCGGGACGUCUAUAAUUACAGCCGUGUAGUAUGUAUUGAGAGAAGGGCUGUCUGAGUGUCUUCACGACAUCCACACUAGAAAAGGUCGUUAAUUCCCUAUUCUAGCCAACAUGCCCUCCCUCCCAGGUCACUGGUGGGAAGGACGCAAAUGAUAUAAGAGAGAUGAAUUUUUCUUAUCAAAUGUACAACUAGAACAAUCCUUGAAAUGUAGGUGGCACAUGCCAUUGCUUCA